CAAUCUUUGAUACUACUUGUCUAGUUAUGAAUAUUAAAAUGUUAAGUUUAAUAUAAUGAUUAAUUAGCUUUUCUAUUAUUAUCGCUUUUGUGCAUAGCAUUGUGUAACUUUUUCUCUCAUUUAAUUCACAAAAAAAGUCAAAAAAUAUAAAUAAAUUAAAAAAAGCUGAGGAUUAAGAAGAAACAAUUAGGCAGGAAAUUAAAUAGUAAGGCAUUUUAAGAAGUAGCAGAUACACAGAGUAUAAAGUAAAAUCAAUCGUCGAUCUUUACUAUUUUAAGUGAACUAGAUUUGUUGUGAGUAGCGAUAGUUAGUACAACAAAUAACAAAAAGGUGUUUGAAGGAAAAAUUAAAUAAAAUCAAGGGUCAUGUGCAAUAAUUAAUUCAAUCUUGUGUGGAAAAAAAAACAUUACAUACAUAGACAUCUAAUACAUAGUGCUGUUACAAACAUCUUUCGGUGAAAAAAAAAAUAAACUUAAAAACAAUGCUGAACUAAUUGUUUAAAAAAAGUGAUUCAAGUAGCAUUUAUUACAUUCGGCACUGCUAGCAGAAAUAAUUGUUAUUAAAUUUAAGCUUCUUCAUCAAGCCUAAAAAAGUUAAUGGACAUAAAACAUAGCUCUAAGUAAAAUAUCUACCUAGGAGCUUUUUAAUACAAAAGAACAGAAAUAUUGUAUCAACAGGUUGUUCGCAAAUAAACUUAAAAUGGCUACGACAGCUUGUACACGAUUCUCAGAUAACUAUGAGAUUAAGGAAGAAUUAGGAAAAGGUGCAUUUUCAAUUGUAAAACGAUGUGUUCAAAAAUCAACAGGACUUGAAUUUGCGGCUAAAAUUAUCAAUACAAAAAAAUUGACAUCUAGAGAUUUUCAAAAACUUGAACGUGAGGCGAGAAUCUGUCGGAAAUUGCAGCAUCCUAAUAUAGUGCGGCUGCAUGACAGUAUCCAAGAAGAAAAUUUCCAUUAUCUUGUAUUCGAUCUCGUUACGGGAGGCGAAUUAUUUGAGGAUAUUGUCGCACGUGAAUUUUAUUCAGAAGCUGAUGCAUCACAUUGUAUACAACAGAUUCUCGAAUCGGUAAAUCAUUGUCAUCAAAAUGGGGUAGUUCAUAGAGAUUUAAAGCCUGAAAAUCUCUUACUAGCAAGUAAGGCCAAAGGAGCUGCUGUCAAACUGGCGGAUUUCGGUUUGGCAAUCGAAGUUCAAGGAGAUCAACAAGCUUGGUUUGGAUUCGCUGGAACACCUGGAUAUUUGUCCCCUGAAGUAUUAAAGAAAGAACCAUAUGGAAAGGCUGUUGAUAUUUGGGCUUGUGGAGUAAUUUUGUACAUUCUUCUUGUCGGGUAUCCACCAUUUUGGGACGAAGAUCAACAUCGCUUGUAUGCACAAAUUAAGGCUGGUACUUACGAUUAUCCAUCACCCGAAUGGGAUACAGUUACACCAGAAGCCAAGAAUUUGAUAAAUCAAAUGCUGACUGUUAAUCCAUAUAAGAGGAUUACAUCUGCAGACGCUUUGAAACAUCCUUGGAUUUGUCAACGUGAGCGUGUUGCAUCUGCUGUCCAUAGACAAGAGACUGUCGACUGCUUGAAGAAAUUCAAUGCUCGACGUAAGCUUAAGGGCGCCAUCCUUACGACAAUGUUGGCAACUAGAAAUUUUUCAAGUAAAAGUAUGAUAACAAAGAAAAGUGAUGGCUCACAAGUUAAGGAGAAAGAAUCAACAGAUUCAAGCACGACUUUGGAAGAUGAGGAUUUAAAGGAUGAGAAGAAAGGAGGAGUGGAUCGCAGCUCAACGGUCAUAGCUAAAGAUCCAGAAGAUAGACCGCCAACUUCAGCAGCAGCUGGCUUAAUAGGAAGCUCCUUAACUGCAAUUGCAGCUACUGGAUUUGCUGGCAUGGAAAGUUUAAUGAGUGCUAAUAAUCUCAAUCAGAAUCAAGAUAAUUCACGAAGAUCAAGCACACCAAGUGCCUCAAGUUCGACACCAACGACAAGUAGCGGAGGGGGCUUUAGUAGCAUCUUUAAUCUCAAAUCUGUAAUUAGUGCUGCAACUAAAACAGCACAUCAUCAACAACCACAGCAACAGCAUUCUCCAAAUCAAACAUCUUCGAAUACAAACUUUCAUAUGCCUCAACCUAUCACAACUAUAGCAGAUCAAUCAACAUUAAUGGAAUCUCAUGCCAAUCCUACAAACAUAUCACAAAAGCCCGUCCAAGCUCGUCGUCAGGAAAUAAUUAAAAUGACUGAACAAUUGAUCGAGGCCAUCAAUAAUGGUGAUUUUGAUGCAUACACAAAAAUUUGUGAUCCUCACUUGACUGCAUUUGAACCUGAAUCGCUUGGUAAUCUCGUCGAAGGAAUGGAUUUCCAUAAAUUUUAUUUUGAGAAUGUGCUCGGAAAAAAUUGUAAAGCUAUCAAUACCACCAUUCUUAAUCCACACGUUCAUCUUUUAGGCGAUGAAACAGCAUGUAUUGCAUAUGUUCGACUAACUCAAUAUAUUGAUAAACAAGGCCAUGCUCAUACACAUCAAUCAGAAGAGACGAGAGUUUGGCAUAAACGUGAUGGAAAAUGGCAAAAUGUCCACAUUCAUCGUAGUUAUACAGGCAAUUUAAGUGGAGCAACACCAUUUGAUUUUGGCCAUAGUAGCAAAUGAGUUUCUAGUAUGAUCAUGUAGUUUGGGAUUUUGUAGAAUGAUUGAACGUUUUUAUUCUUGUUUCUUUCUUCGAAUUAUCAUUUUAUUUCUGUGGAAAGGAAGGAUGUACACAAAUUACCACCCACCAAUUUAUAAACGAAAAAAAAAGUUAAAGAAUAACUAGAAAUUAAGAUGAUAUUCGAUUUGAUCAUAAGCACAUUUUCAUUUCUAAUUUCGUUUAUUGAUGUAAAAUUAUAUCAUUUGAAAAUGUAAAAUCGUGAAAAAAAUUAGCUAGAGAUGGAUAGUACGAAAAUCGAAGUUUGAAUUUCAUUACUUUUUAAAUUAAAUGUUUAACAAAAGAAAAAAAACGAAAAUGACAUAAUUUUUAUUUCCGUUGUCAUCUCUUUCAUUCUAUUCCGUUGUCUAAAUUCAUUCAAUAAUUCAUCGAAGUUCACAAAAUAACUUUAUAUGGAAAACAAUCAAAUUCUUGCAAUGUAAUCUUUUUAAAUGUAAUUUUUGAAUGUUAAGUUUUCCAAAAGAAUGAAUUCUAGUGAUAACUUAAGACCACAUUGUCUACAAUUUUUAUACGAUGGAGAUCCUUAGAUCAUUUUUAAAUACUAAAAACUGAUGAUCUUUUAAUUUAACGUUUUAAAAAGGAAUUAUUGAUGGUCUUACUUUCAAUCACUAAUAAAUUCAAAAUGUUUCUAGAAGAAAGAUUUACUUAAAUAAAUUUAACAAAAUUGAUAUAGGUAAAGUGAUAGGAACUCUAGUUGUAACCUAAUUCCGUAGAUGUCAGUUAAUGCCAGUUAAAAGUUUAUCCUCAUGACCAAGCUUUCUAUAUCAAUCUUGUUGAAUUCUGUAUGCAUCUCCAAAUUGUUAACAUUAUUUGAUAGUUUUUCUAUGUCUUUCACUUCAUUUUCUAGAACUUAUAUAUUAGUUGAAUGAAUAAUUUAUAACUACUUAAUAGUUAUCACUAAGUUUAAAAGCAAAGAUACUAAAAAAAUUAAUUUAUUGAAAAGUUAAUGUUGAAAAUGUUCUAGACUUUUUGUAUUGUUUUACUUACUACCUAUCGUUCUCUCUAUUUUAUACAUUUAAAAAAAUAUUAAUAUGAAUAACAGACAUUUUUGUAUGAUAGAUGUUGAAGGCAUUUUUCUGAAUUCUGAAUUUUUGAAGAAAAAAACUAAUUGAUCAUAUUAUAAUGAAUAUUUCUAUAUAUUUGACGAGUAAUUAACAUUUGAGAUAUGGAAAAGAAACUUGUUUAAAUUGUAAAGUCAAAAACAUUAAUUCAUAAGAUAAAAGAAAUCUAAUCAAAUAUCAAAGCAUAUUUUAUAGGAGUUAAGGGUAAAAAGAACGUCAUGGAAAUGGCAAGUCAUAUUAUAUUUACAAACAUGCAUUGAUUGAAAUAAAUAUUUCAACACUCCCCUUAAAUGUAAUGGGCUAAACUAUAAAAUUCAUGAGUGAUUUUCACGAAAGAAUGAGAUUUAAAGAAAUAAUGGAAACAAUUCUCCACAUACAGUUUAGGAUAUAAAUAUAUAAUAUUAAAAGAGUAUAAAAUUGAUCAUCUCAAAUUCUUUUACAACAAUAACCUCUAAACACUCUCUAUUUUUUAAUAACUUAAUUAUUUUAUUUAUUAUUUUCUGUUUUAAUGAGCCAGCUUCCUUGGAGAAAAAAAAUAUUUUGCAGUAGGUGUUCGUAGAAAUGCAACAAUACUACUAUAGGUUUAUACUAUGUUAUUAUCUCUUUGUUUUUGAUGUUAUUUAAUCCAAUCAAAUUUAUUUUCCAAAUGAGAUCGUUCACAAAUAAUAUCUAUCAUCUAAAGAUGCUGCUUGAAAUUUCAUGUUGGACUUCAUUAGUUCCGAUCCCAAACAAUGAAACAUUAGCUAAUAAUAAAAAGUGUUAAUUUAGGUGAAAGGUUCAUUUGUUUUAUGAUUCUCAAAGAUUAUUAUUUAUCAAUAAGAGACUGUCACGAUUACAGAUUCAUGAACAAUUUUGAUGAAGGGAUAACUUAAAAGAAAAAUUUUGUAAUUAGGACAGUAAAAUAUUUCUCCUUCUUUUUGAGAUAAUAUUAUGUCCCCAUUUCGCUAUCUCUGUAAUACUUAAAGAAGAAAGAUAAAUAGAAAAGAAAAAUAAAGAAACCAAAAUAUGUGGACAAAUUUAUACAAUUAUAUGAAUUGAGACAAAGGUUUAAUCAUAAUAAAUGUGUUUUCAUUUUUUAUAAUACAAACAUUCAUCAUUACAUUUAUCAUAACGUGAAGAAAUAAAGAACAAUUUAAAUUGUAAACAUAUUAAGGGGCUUGAAGAAAAGAAUAUUAUGAAAAAAAUAGUGGCACAUUGUGCUAUAAAAUAGUUGGAAAUAUGAUUCUUUAAAGUAUAGAACACUUAAAAGUGAAAUUAAACAAAAAUAAAACAUAACUCAUAAAGAGCUUCAAAUAUAACUACCUACAUCUUCUAUUUUAAUGAGAACAAAAAUGAAAUGAAAUAAAAACUAUUAAAAUAUGAUUGUCUCAAUUUUUACACAAAAUAAAAUUUUUGUUAUAGCGAAAAAAAUUGAAUUUUCAUUAAAGUUACCAAAAAUCAGUUGCAAUGUGUUAAAAUAAAUAUUUAAAAAAAAUUGUCAUUUUUUUAUUAUUGUUUCCACUUAAACAAUGAAUUUCUGUAAAAAAAAGAACAAAAUAUAUUAUGAUGAG